CCUGGGUGAGGAUGGACUGGUGGUGGUGGUGGUGGUGCUGGUGGUGGUGGCGGCAGUACCGGUUGGAAGGCGAGCGUGCGAGCAGGUGCGGUGUUGUGUGUUCCUCAGUGCAGGGCAAGGCUGCGGGUGCUCUCCCCCAGGGCAGUGUUUGAUGGCGCCCCUGGGAUUAUGAGUGAGGCAGUGACAUCCCCCCCUGCCCCCCGCCCGCUCCCUCUCCCCCAGGUCGUUCGGUGGUGCAUCACAGCGUCACAGACUCACAGAGGGCGUAUAGAUGAGGCAGCGACGCGUGGACGGCGCUGAUGGCGGCCAGAACCUCUUGGGCGUCUUGGUCACACACGGCCAGGUAGAGCUGCUCCAGGUUCCGGCACUCUUGCAGCAGCUGUGUGCCGGCACCACUUAGGUGACCCGUGAACCACUCAAGAAACAGUUGGGCAAAAUAAUAAUGUCAGAAGAAAGAGUAAGCUGUGAAGGAAGAACAUCUGUCAUAAAGUGUUACUGGAGGCACGAAAAUGUCAAAGAAGUGCAAAGACAAUUCAGAAGACAUUUUGACAGGGAUCCACCAAGUACCGAACGGCCUGGAAACACUGAGCCAAAGGGACGCCGCUCAGUCUGCAGCCAGUGUGGCGGCGUAUCUUGUGUGGUGCGCGUGUGUGUCGCAUUGUGUUCCUCCUCAAAGACUUAUUAGUGGUGGUCAAGAUAACCAGGAUUGGCCAAGCCCUCCCUGAAGUGUGCUACCAGUAGUGUACCAGCCUCGCAGUCGAGGCCUCCUAAGUCUGCAGGUAUGGGAGUGGAAUGCCUUGUCCCCCUGAGACACAGGAGGGCAGAUCUGAGGAGGGAGAAUGAGAGACGGCACCUCAUCCAUGCGACGACAUGGCUCCUUGGCUGGUGCUUCUUUUCUGCCAUUAGGUCGGCUAGUCUUGAGUAGAAGCACUGAGCCUUGGAGCCCAUCCCGCCAGAUGUGGUGAAGACCAGAGGUGUGAAGCUGCCCUGGUCAACGUGUUGGAUUCUCUCCCCAUACGCUCGGAUCUUCUCCUGCUCAUUCUUGCGGUGGGCGGCCUCCAGGGAGAGUUCGUGAUUUGCAUCAACCACCAGCAGCAGCAGCAGCAGCAGCAGCAGCAGCAGCAUGGCAGUAGUAGCAGGAGUAGUGAAUGGUCACACGUAUGUGGUGACUACUUGGACUAUCAGGCCGCCAUUGUAGUGUGCUGGACUAUUGGUCAACAAUGAGCCGAGAAAGUUACGUGGUACAACUAUUUCGGCGAUAGUAGUGGCUGUUAAGAACGUGGCGAGGCGAAGGUUUACCCCGGCGGCCAUCUUUGUUUUGGGAAUGGUCUUGUUCUAUUGGAUGAACAGAACUGUGAGAUUUGCAUCAACCAUCACCAGCAGCAGUAGCAGCAGCAGCAUGGCAGUAGUAGCAGGAGUAGUGAAUGGUCACACGUAUGUGGUGACUACUUGGACUAUCAGGCCGCCCUUGUAGUGUGCUGGACUAUUGGUCAACAAUGAGCCGAGAAAGUUACUUAGUACAACAAUUUCGGCGAUAGUAGUGGCUGAGUUGCCGAUCCAAAGGCCUGGUUUAAGAGUGAUCCCGAGCUAUCUGUACCAUCAAGAUCAAGAUCGAGCGUCCAUAUCAGAUGGCGAGUCUGCUUACAAAAUUGCAUCGGAGGGACUGAUAGAGGCAGCCACAAUUAUCCAUCAUCAUCGGCGACACCAUGGCUCUUGAGAAGACAGACCUCGAUGACAGCGUGGUGAGCGAGGAGGGGGAGUCAACCAGCAGAGUAGGGGAGCAUGACCCCUACUUUGAACCAGUGGUGACCUUGCUGGAGGUCUUCGUGGUUAGUGAUGAUGACCAGGAGGAGGAAAUGAUAACACUGAGUUUCGAGGUCAGGCAGUACAAGCUGUUUCAUUAUCACACCUCUGAGUCGCCCCCACAGUGGAAGGAACGGGGCAUGGGGGCCAUUAACAUUCUGAGGAACAAGCAGAAGGCUGUGGAGUUUGUUCAGCGGCAGAAUUAAUGCCAGUGGCUGAGUUCAGAUCCUCCAAGACACACACACACACACACAGCAGCCCCUCCACCUCCCCACAGCCCUCCACAGUCUCUGACACAGCCCCUGACACAGCAUCUGACACAGCCCCUUCACAGACCACCACAUAUCUCACACAUACAUAAGAACAUAAGAAAUAAGGGAAGCUGCAAGAAGCGACCAGGCUUACACGUGGCAGUCCCUGUAUGAAAUAUACCUACUUAUUUCCAUCUGUUAUCCCCAUCCAUAAACUUGUCUAAUCUUCUCUUAAAGCUCUCUAGUGUCCUAGCACUAACUACAUGAUUACUGAGUCCAUUCCAAUCAUCUAUCACUCUUUUUGAGAACCAAUUUUUUUCUUAUCUCCUUCCUAAACCUAAAUUUUUUAAGCUUGUACCCAUUAUUUCUUUUUCUACCCUGGUUGCUGAUCCUAAGAAUUUUGCCUACAUCCCCCUUAUGUCACUCAAAGACUUCUAUCAGGUCCCCUCUUAACCUACGUAUCUCUAAAGAAUGUAAAUUUAACAGCUUCAACCUCGCCUCGUAAGGAAUACUCCUCAUCCCCUGUAUCCUUUUAGUCAUUCUCCUCUGUACUGAUUCUAAUAGACCUAUAUCUUUCCUGUAAUGUGGGGACCAGAACUGCACAGCGUAGUCUAGAUGAGGUCUGACCAGCACCAAGUAUAACUUUAAUAUUACUUUGGGCCUUCUACUUUUAACACUCCUAAAAAUCACACACACCACAAGAGCCUCACAAACAGUCUCACAGCCUUCACAAGCAGCCCCACACUCCACCACAGACACACCAGACCCACAGCCCUUCACCUCACCCACUUCCCAGCCCCCCACAGCCCCCCAGCCACCACAAAUGAAGUCAAAGGAAGGGACUGUGGCUUCACCCAGCCAGCCAGGACAGCCUACAGAGAGGGGGUAGUCCCAGUCAAGUCACAAAAUAUAGGCUUGGUUCUUCCUACAGUUUGAAGUCAAUGAUUGGACAGGCCAGACAGCUUAGUGGCAGAGCUGCAGGUGGCCCUCGUCAGCUUCCUGGUGGCACAGGUGUAGGAUGGCUGGGAGCAGUGGAGGUGCCUGAUGGGGCAGCUGUGCCGGGCAGAGGGGCUGCUACUGCUGCUGGGGAGAGCCACACUUGUAUGGUGGUAACACGGAGAGGAAGUGGAAGAAACCUUGGGACGCUCCCAUAACUCAGGAGCAAGAAUUACACCUUACUGGAACCUUGUGACUGACAGGUGGUGGUGACUGCAGGAACCAAUUCAGGUGAACAUUGUGUUUUGUUGCUACACUUGAGAAUCCUCUAUCCUAAAUAAAAAAUUGGCAAACUUUUUUUUAUUUUCUGGCCAAUCCUGUUUACCUUGAGGGCAUGACCUGUACUCUGCCAGAAACUUUAUUCCCUGGCCAAUUAUUAUUAUUAUUUUUUUUUUAUAUUACCUUGAGGGCAUGACCUGUACUCUCAGAAAGAUUGCCUGAAACUUUAUUUCCUGGCCAAUUAUUAUUAUUUUUUUUUUAUAUUACCUUGAGGGCAUGACCUGUACUCUCUGAAAGGUUGGCAAACAAAGAUACUAUUGACAUGUCAUUAUGUUCAAGAUUGUACACAAGAUGGAAUACUGAAUGUUUAUUGUUUUACUGUGAAUGUUAAGUGAAUAAUAAAUACACAACAGGAUAAUAAACAUG